CCGCUCUUCUCCAUCACCUCAUGCGGAGUAACAGCCAUUCGAUAUCCCGCCGCUCAUUGACUCAACAUUUCAAUUUUCCCAAGGUCACAUAGCGAGAGAUAGUCUCGUAAGCUGGGUUUGAUAAGAAGACGCAGCCGAGGAAAACCAACUCCCCUUCUUUGAAGGCACAUUGCAGUUGACAGCAUUACCUACCACAUCGCCCACCAUGUCAACCACCACAACCGUCACGGCAUCCACAUCCGCACAAGCACCACCGGCACCGACGCCGCUCGGUUCGGCGCUGGACUCGGGCAAGGCGGGUAGCGGCAAGGUCAAGCGCCUACACCAGAUCCCGGUUCCCGAAUCCAAAGAAGCUGCGCGGAAAUGGCAGCUGGAACAGAUGGCGGCCGCGUUUCGCAUCUUUGCCAAGUUGGGCUUCUCAGAUGGCAGCAGUGGACACAUCAGUCUACGAGACCCCAUCAGACCGGACACGUUCUGGAUCAACCCGUAUGGAGUGCACUUUGGCGUGCUAAAGGUGUCGGACAUGGUUCACAUCGAUGAGGACGGUAACCGUAUUGGCGGUGCCGAUAAGCCGGUAAAUACCGCCGGCUUCACCAUUCACUCCGUUCUCCACAAGAGGAGGCCGGAUAUCAACGCCGCCUGCCACAUGCACAGCCCUUACGGCCGGGCGUGGAGUACUUUCGGACGUCCGAUCGACAUGCUUAACCAAGACUCAUGCAUGUUCUACAACGACCUCUCUGUCUACGAAGGAUUCGGUGGCGUCGUACUAGCAAAGGAAGAGGGCGAGCAUAUUGCCGAAGCCCUCGGCCCCACCAACAAGAACAUCAUCCUUCAGAACCACGGACUCCUCACCGCCGGUGGGACGGUAGCUGAAGCUGCUGCCUUCUUUAUCGCGCUUGAGCGGUGUUGCCAGGCCCAGUUCCUUGUUGAGCAGGCUGUUGCUCCUGGAACCAACGGUGCUGCUGGCGGACUGAAGAAGACGUUUGUCGGCGAAGAGGAGGCGCAGUACACAAAGGACGGCACGGGUACACCUGAAGUAAUGUACAUGCAGUUUGUACCAGAGUAUCAGUUGAUUCUGAAAGAGUCAGGAGGCGACUUUUUAUUAUGAGACUUCAUGUGGAUAGAGGUGUUUAGUAAACUUAGAAGAGAACAGAAGUCAAUAUCCAUUCGCACUCGC